CUUCAAAAUAAAUAUUAAUUAAAUGCAUUCAUACAAGGUAGCAAACCCAUCAUUUGAGAAGAGGUUGGAGGAUUGCACCAAGGUGCUGAAGAAGUACCCUGAGAAAAUACCCGUGGUAUGUGAGAUCAAGAAGGAUUGUGAUCUCCCAACCCUGAAAAAGAGCAUGUACCUUAUACCUAAUUCUAUGACCGUAGCUGAGUUUAAUUAUAUCAUAAGGAAGAGAAUGAAGCUUAGUGAAACAGAAGCUCUAUUCCUGUUUGUUCAGAGUAAAUAUCUACUUAAGUCUGACUCUAUGAUGGCUGAUGUAUAUGCAGAAAGAAAAGACUCUGACGGCUAUUUAUAUGUCACAAUAGCAAAAGAAUCAACCACUGGCUAAGUUAAGCAUUACAUAACUUUAAUUAU